GGGAAGUGCGAGUGACGUUAGUCGCGAAGCCACGCCCCAGGGCGUUUAUCUUUGUAAGCGAGUGGUUCGGCCGUACAUCCAGCGAAACAUUUGCUGAAAUUUGGAAAGUGCUUGGUCUGUGGUGCCAAAGAUGUUUUUGGCUAAACUGGUAGGAGGACUUGUCGAUAUAGCCAGCAACUUCAACCCUGGCCAGUUUGUGCCUUCGGACCCUCCCCCCCCACGCAGGCCAUAUGCGUAUGCUGUGGCCAAUGAGAGUGAUGAGGAUAGACAGUUCCGUAGGGUGUUUCAGCAGAUUGCUGGUGAUGACAUGGAAGUGAGUCCCAAUGAACUAAUGAACAUCCUGAACAGAAUCAUCUCUAAACAUGCUGACCUGAAGACAGAUGGCUUCACUAUCGAGUCUUGCAGAAGUAUGGUGGCUGUCAUGGAUGGAGACAGCACAGGUAAACUGGGUUUUGACGAGUUCAAACACCUGUGGAACAAUAUUAAGAAAUGGCAGGGCCUCUAUAAGCAGUUUGAUGCUGAUUGCUCUGGAGUGAUUGGAGCUGAUGAGCUACGUAAUGCCUUCUGCGCUGCAGGUUUUCCCCUGCAGGAGCAUCUCUUCCAGCUGAUCAGCCGCAGGUAUAGUGAUGAGAAUGGGAACAUGGACUUUGAUAAUUACAUCAGCUGCCUCGUACGGCUGGAUGCCAUGUGCCGUGCCUUCAAGACACUGGAUACAGAUAACAAUGGCACCAUCAAACUGAACGUCAAAGAGUGGCUGCAGUUAACCAUGUACUCCUGAGCUUCCCACCUGGACAUGGCAUCAGACCCCACGAGCCCCAUACCACACCGAACCCAAAAAGCCCCUUAACGCAGCACACCACACCAAACCCUAACAGCCUCUUAACUUUGCACAUUCAGUAUAGCCCACAACCCUGUGAUCGUCCCACAUGGCAUUUAUUCAAAGAAUAUGGGUCGACCUGCUUUUUAACAAAAGUGCUUGGUCAGUUGUUAGGGGCCAGAACUGUGGUUUAUACAUGUAUAUCUUAAACAUAUCUAACACUAAUAUUGCUUAGAUACAGCAAGUGCCAUUUCUGCAUGGUCAGUAGAGGUCGCCAAAGCUAUACUGCGGGAGAACUGAAUAGUUAAUUGUCCAGUGUCGGUUAUUUUUAAUAAUAAAGACCUUGUGUCAUUA